GACAGUCAGGACGCUGGAUGCGGCAGCGAAGUAGUUCAGAUCGAAGGCGAGAGUGCUUUUUGCGACGAAGACAGGCACUUGCGCAGGCGUCGUGCAUGCACUAAUUUGGAAAGAUGUCAGCUGAUCCGCUGGCAUUGUCUCUCAUUCGCUGUAUUCGCUCAAAAUCUGACAUCUGCGCUAUCAUUGCGUGAGUUUGCCCACGAAUCGGCGCACUUUCCACUGGGCUUGACAGCUGCCCCGACGAAGUACUCCUCUCCAUCUUCAUCCUCGCCUGCGACCACGGCGGCGCCACGGGUCGUUCCCUGUCCUUGGUCUCCCGCCGUGUCCAUCGCGUCUCCGCGCACGUCAAAUACCGGUCUCUCUCCGUCCGCUGGCCGCCCGAUGCGGCAACAGCGAUCCCGCACACGCCUCGAAAUCCAAGGCGCCCUGGACCCUCAAAGUGGAACAUCUGCUCGUACCGAUGACGUCUCGCGCGGUGUUGACGAUCAAGAGUCCUCCGUUGAAGUCGCUCAAGCGGGAGAAAGUACCUCGGUCCGCGAUGGUACCCAAGGAUGACGCUGGAGGUCGGGAUGCAGCCCACGCCUUUCUUGUCUUCCUUCAGCUCGUCGGCCCCAGCCUCCGCACCCUUUUCACCGAUUACUGGCCGUCCGCCAUCCCCCCGCACGUCUCCUUCCCGCGCCUCGUCGCACUCUCCCUUCAUCAGGAAAAAGCGGACUAUCGAAAGAGUCGCUUAUUGGGUACCGAAACCCUCUAAAGCCACUAAAUGAGCACGUUUUAGUACGUUUUAGGAGGCUUUUAGCAAAUCCGGUUUUUCCUGAUGUUCGCUUUCCCGAGGCACUCUCGCACCUGCCCUCACCCCUCCCCGCGCUCAC